ACAGCUAAAAUAUUGUCAACUGCUAAAAAGUUUGCUUCUGAUUUUGACCUUUUGGCCUCUGAAAUUAAUUACGAGGUGUGAUGGUAGUGAACUGCACUGACUGCAGCUGCUGUUAUAGCGCGGGCUGUAUGUUAAUAGUUCUCAGGAUUUACCAAAAUUUAGGUUCACAGUUAAUUAAAUCGAGUUAACUAUGUCCAGAAUCAUGCAGACAAACGGAGUGUCUACAAGAAUCAGGCAGUUCAUUCAUCCAGAGGAGCUCCAUCGAGAGGGAAUUCAGACUCCUUUUCAGCGUCUUGCUCGGCAGAUGCAUGACGUAUUAGGAGAUGGAGGGAUUUUUAAAGAAGUGAUCCGUGCAGGGGAUGGCCCAGCAGUACAGAGGGAUUCUACAGUCUCUGUUAAUUUCUCAGCAUUCUUGGAGUAUGCUGAUCAGCCGUUUGACUCAUCCACUCAUCUAAAAUUUCCUAAAAUGAUGAAGUUAGGAAAAGAUAUGACUUUGUGUGGUCUAGAGCUGGGACUACUGACCAUGAGGAAAGGAGAGUGUUCUCGUUUUCUUUUUAAGCACGAUUAUGCCUUUGGGGAGAUGGGCUGCCCCCCACUCAUUCCACCACUGGCCAUGGUGCUGUACGAGGUGCAAGUCCUCGACUUCUUUGACACAGCCCAGGUGGACAAUUUUUUUGCUUUGACUGUGUGUGUUCCUUUGGAAAAUCUUUGGCAGGAAGAGCAAAACUCGGCUCCUCUUUCUACGUUGCUGAGCGUGAUUGACACAGAGAAAAGUUUUGGAAACCGGUGCUUCAACCAGAGCCGUUAUGAAGACGCCAAGGACCGAUACAAGCAGGCUGUGACUCUCCUCCAGAACCGUGAGCCGAUGAAUGAAGAGGAGAGGUGGCGCAUUGAAGAGGCCAUGUUGCCCUUUUUACUCAACCUUUCCUUCACCUACCUGCGACUGGAGAGGCCUCAGAAAGCCCUGCAGUACGGCAAGAAAGCACUGAAGAUCAACCCAAACAGCACCAAAGCCCUCUUCCGCUGUGGCCAGGCGUGUUUGGAAAUGGACGACUAUGAUGGGGCACAAGAUUACCUCACAAGAGCUCAGGCCAAGAAGCCAUUUGAUAUUGAUAUUAACAAUUUGCUAAGAAAGCUGGCCACUUGUUACAAGGACUGCCUGGACAAAGAGAAAGAUUUGUGUGCCAAGAUGUUUUCUGGUUUUAGGCCAGAGAAGUAAAGCAUAACCAAAUUAUGAAGCAGCAACAAGACUUGAAUGGAGAAUACCUUCCAAGUAUCGUGGAUGCAGAAUUGGAUUUCAUCACGUGAGCUUAUAAGGUCAAUCAGAAACUGUUGUUAUAUCAAAUCUUUGGAAACUGUGAUUAGUUGAGGUUUUUUUUUCUACUGUUGUUUUUGUUUAAUGUAUUAUUAACUCCACCUUGCUGGCAAAUGUUAUAUACAAAUGUUUCUAUUUAAAAUAUAUCAUUAGAUAUAUAA